GCCCUUGGGUGCUCGUCUUCUGCUCGCCCAUUUCGCUUCCUCCUCAACCUCAACUCCAUCUACCCUCCGAACUCUUCGCCGCUCCCUUCCCCUCCUCCCCCGCCCAAGAUUCCAUCAAUCCGUCACCAUGUCUACCGGUCUUGACAUUGUCCACACUGCUGGUGCUGCCCAGCCUGUCGGCCCCUACUCCCAAGCCAUCAAGGUCAACGGCCAGAUCUUCCUCUCCGGCCAGAUCCCGCUGACCAAGGACGGUGUUCUCAUCGAGGGUACCAUUGGCGAGAAGACCCGGCUCUGCUGCGAGAACAUCAAGGCCGUCGUCGAGGCUGCCGGCUCCAGCGUCGAGAAGAUCUUCAAGGUCACGGUCCUCCUUGCCGAUAUGGCCGACUUCGAUGAGAUGAACCAGGAGUACGGCAAGUUCUUCGCGCACAAGCCCGCCCGCUCUUGCUUCGCUGUGAAGCAGCUGCCCAAGGGCGUGCCCGUCGAGAUCGAGUGCAUUGCCUUGGCUUGAGUUUAGUUGAUGUAUCUAUCUACCACUGCGAUGGCUUGGUGUACAGUUGGAAUAGAUUAGUACAGUACGGUACAUGCACUGGGAAACGAAGAUUUCGUCUCCAGAAAAUUGUCCCAUCAAAGGUAGCCAGCCGGCUAAUUGAACUAUGUUCUUAUCUC